AUGUCUUUACCGUUUCUACCUGGAACCUCCAACAAUAAACAGUGGUUGAGAUGGGUUCUUCCUCCUGUUCUUCAGCUGGGGAAGGAGCGAUUCCACAAGUCCCAGCACUUUGACUAUUCCAAUGGACUCCCGAUGAUGGUGGGCUGCGAGAAGCCAGGCAUCGGAGGAGAGCUGCUGAUGGGACAGAAGGUUAAACCCAACUGGUCGGCGCUCCCCAGCAGAAAGGGCACUGGUCUGGCAUCAUGGGUGGCCUACGACAAACAGGUCCUGUCCUUUGCAGCGUACUUUGAGGAGGCUGUGCAGGGGGACGAGGGGGUGAUGAACAAAGUCAGGGAGUGUAAGAUCUUCUUCUACCUGGAGGACGACACCAUGCAGGUGGUGGAGUCCAACCUGAAGUACACCGCCUUCCCUCAAGGAACUUUUAUUCAUCGUCAACGUGUGCCGCUGCCCCCCCCGGACCACGACCAGUUCUACAAGGCGUUCCACUUCAACAUCAACCAGCAGAUGGUGCUCUUCUCUCGCACAUUCACCGUGACCAGCUGUGACCUCUUCACCAGGAACUUUCUCACCAAACUUGGGGUGAUUCUGAAUGAACCCGCGACUGUGCCCGACGACCCCUACAGCAAGCUGCGGGAGCAGAUUGAGACGAUGAAUCCUCUCCGGCCUUUAGAGAGGCAUGACACGCUGAAGCAGUUCCUGGACUACGACGGUCAGGUCCUGCGUUUCCGCUGCUUCUGGGACGACAGCGACAGCAUGUUCGGAGACGCACAGGACUUCACGCUGCACUACUUCCUGUCUGACGACACCAUCGAGAUCCUGGGGGUCCCGGUCCCCAACUCCGGCAGAGACAACACGCCCAAGUUCCUGCACCGCUGCAAGCUGCCGAAGCACGGCCCGGCCCAGAUGAAGCUGCCUGGACACAUCACCGACCGCACGAUGCUCAAUGUCAUCGACUCGAAGGUUCGAGGACAGCGCUUCAUGCUGGACAGCACCAAAGCCGGAGCCUACCGUGAGGAGUUCUAUAAGGACAUUGAUCUGAAUGUAGGUGGGGAGGUGAAUGUGUUUGGUAGGAGGUUCCUCCUCAUUGACUGCGACGACUUCACCAAAUGCUACUACCGUUCCAAAUACGGCAUCGACGACGUCCCCCCGAUCCAGCCCAGAACUCCCCCUGCCAUCAAACCCCCGAGGCUGAUGCCCCCCUACAACGGCUUCGGCUCAGAGGAGGACUCGCUCAGCUUCUGCCGGGGCCUGCUGCCCAAGCCACGGCAGAAAGAUUUCCAGAAAUUCAUGGAGAAGGACAGGAAGGUGAUGACCUUCCACGCCAAGAUUGUGACCACGGAUCCCAUCGUCAGCGAGCGGCUGUUCAUCGUCUCCUACUUCCUCAUCGAUGACACCAUCAAUGUGUACGAGCCCAUCCAGAGGAACUCAGGCAUCCCCGGCGGCAGGUUCCUGGAGCGGGUCCGUGUGAGGAAGCCCGGCCAGCAGCUGUUCACGAGCGAGCCUCCUCAGUUCUUCGAGGCUCAGGACCUGUACGUGGGAGCGAGCGUCUGCAUCAACAACGUGACCUUCCGUCUUCUUGAUGCUGAUGAAUACACCUUCAGUUACAUGGAGCAGCGCCCCCUGGAGUUCCCUCAAGCCAACGUGGGAAACGUCCUCAGUAAACUAGGAUCCCUUCCAGAGGAGAAGCUGAGUGAGAUGAGGAGGUCUCUGACUCUCAGUGACCCUGGAGACACCGGCUUCAUCUCCUACCAGUCGCUCAGUGGCCUGCUGAUGAAGCUGAGCUGUGAUCUGUCGGAGCAUGAGAUGCUGGUGCUGGGCAGAAGGUUCUGUGUUCACGAGCAGCCCGAGGAGGACGGGCGUCUGAUGCUGGCCGUGGUCCAGGACCUCCUCAUGAAGAAGAACUUUGAUGCUUUCUCCGAAAUGACCAGUUCCCUUGAGUACCGCGACCGACAAAAAACCGGCCGACUCUCCACCACAGAGACCAGGAGCGUCUGUAAGGGAUCCAGACUUCCUCUGCCUGAGAACCUGCUCGCUGGUCUGCUCAGCAGGUUUGCAGACGGAGAUGAGAUCGACUACCUGGCCUUGAUGUCCGGGAUCAACUGGGUGGAGCAGCCUGCCCCCCCCGCGAUGCCUGACGACACCUUGAAGCUGCUCUUCACCUCGUCGGGUUCUAGAACCAAACUAGAGGCUCAGUCUCGGAUCAGGUUCUCUUCUCUUCUCCAACAUCUCACAGUUUGACGUCUGCAGCAUCGUGACCCAGCAGCCGUCAGCUCCUCGUAGAUCCAUGGUGGGAUCCUCUCAACGCUCUCCUACCUGAAUUAAAGAACUCUGCACCAAC